UAUCAAUGGAACUGUCAACGACUUGCAUCUCUGCUGGCAAUCGCCUAUCGGUUCAAAAUACACAACAAAACAAUUCCAGCAAUUGGUGUUUUUCGAGUUUAAAUAGAGUGCCGAAAACAUGUCGCUUACAAUGCGAAUUUUCACAGCAUCGCGCAAUGGGCAGCGCAUGUUUGGCACUACUGGCGCCAGAAUGUUGGCUGCCAAGCGGACUGAACACAAAGACAUUGUUGCGGUACCCAAGGGCUACGUGUAUGUCAACAACAAGGAGCUGAGCAUGGAAAUGGAGGAUAUCACAGAUCGUGCGGCUUCCACAAUGUUCUUUGGUGAACUGUUUCGCGGCUUUGCCGUUACACUGGCUCACAUCUUCAAGGAGCCGGCAACCAUCAAUUACCCCUUCGAAAAGGGACCGCUGAGUCCGCGUUUCCGUGGUGAGCAUGCCUUGCGUCGUUAUCCUAGUGGUGAAGAACGUUGCAUUGCUUGCAAGCUCUGCGAAGCUAUUUGUCCCGCUCAGGCUAUCACCAUUGAGGCUGAGGAACGUGCUGAUGGCAGUCGGCGUACAACACGCUACGAUAUUGACAUGACCAAAUGCAUAUAUUGUGGUUUCUGUCAGGAGGCCUGUCCCGUGGACGCCAUCGUUGAGGGUCCCAACUUUGAGUUCUCGACAGAGACUCACGAAGAAUUGCUAUACAACAAGGAAAAGCUGUUGUGCAACGGCGAUAAAUGGGAAUCCGAAAUUGCAUCCAAUCUGCAAGCCGACCAUCUGUAUCGUUAAAUUUAUUAUUGUACAUAUUAGAAUUUUUGUUUAGAAGGAUGUUCCAAUUAAAUAAUGUCAAUGCCUGGGCUGCGUUAACAACAACGUGAAUACAAAAACA